AUGGAUUGUUGUAACAUAGGAAGUUGGAAUGUUAGGGGAUUGAAUAAUAAAGGUAAGCAAGAAUCUGUGUUGGAGUUUUGCAAUGUGAAUAAAAUUGGAGUAGGGGGUCUAUUAGAAACUAAGUUAAAAGGGAAUAAAGUUCAGGAGUUAAUGGAUAAAAAAUUUGCUAGCUGGGAGUUCUAUAAUAGUCCUACUGUUGAGGGCAGGUUGUUGAUUAUAUGGAGGAAGAGUUUUGUUCGAGUUAUUGUAAUAGCUGAAUCGUCUCAGCAUGUUCACUGUGUGGUUAAAAUGGCUGGUCAAGCUAAUGCGUUUUGUCUCACAUUUGUUUAUGGUUUUAAUACCAUUGAAGAUAGGAAGACUCUAUGGCAAAGUCUGGUGCAGCUUAAUUUUCCUGUUUCACCAUGGUUAAUUCUUGGGGAUUUUAACUCAGUCUUUUAUGUUGAUGAUAGAAAUGGAGGGAAUCCCAUUACGCAUAAUGAAAUGGUUGACUCUAAUCAUUGGUUAGCUCAAUCUAAUGUUGAAGCUCUCAAAAGUUUUGGUUCAAUUUUCACUUGGACUAACAACCAAGUUGGCUCUAAUCGAAUCUAUUCCAAAAUAGAUCAUGUAUUUGUCAAUGAGGAGUGGCAUGAUUUCUUUCCUAACACUGCAGCUCAUUUUAGUUGGGAAGUAAUUUCAGAUCAUUGUUCUUGUGUAGUAUCAGCUUCAGCAACAGAGGCAAUUGGGAUUAAACCUUUUCAGUUUUACAAUUUCUGGGCUGAUCAUCACGAUUUCAAGUCCAUGGUGGAGCAAAGUUGGAAGAGACCGAUGACUACUAGAGGACUAAAAGGGGUCUACUUAAAACUUAUGAGAGCGCAAUCUCAUCCAAGAGACAAGACUUACCAGGAUCAAGAAGCAAUAGCAGCUGCUAAGUUUGAUACUCAAGAGAAGAUGUACCAUAACUUUCUCAGCCAGAGGAGCAAAAUUACUUGGCUGCAGAAAGGAGAUUCCAAUACCUCUUAUUUUCAUGCUUGUCUGAAGAAGAGAAAAAUGGAAAACAGAAUAACAACUUUCAUUACAGAACAAGGUAUGAUUAAUGAUAAUUUUUCUGAAGUUGUGGAGCAUUUUCUCAAUCAUUUCCGUAGCUAUAUGGGCAGCAAUAGUACUGUUAAUACCAGGUUGAAUAUGAGCUGUAUUGAACAGGGAUCUAAGCUUUCUUUAGAUCAGCAACUUGGUUUGCUGAAACCUUUCUCUUAUAUGGAAAUAAAAAAAGCGAUUUUUAGUAUUCCUGAUACUAAAUCACUAGGACCCGAUGGAUUUGGAUCUGGUUUUUUCAAGAGUACGUGGUCUGUUAUAAGGGGAGAAAUCUGUGCUGCAGUUUCUAAUUUCUUUGAGACAGGUUUCAUGCCACCUGAAUUUCAUAAUACAAUGAUUUCUCUUAUUCCUAAACAAGAGAAUCCGGCUAAAGCUAUAGAUUACAUGCAUAUUGCUUGCUGUACAACGAUAUACAAGUGCAUCUCUAAGCUACUGUGUUCUAGACUUGCAACAGUCCUUCCAUUUCUGGUUCAUCAAAAUCAAGGUGCUUUUGUCCAAGGGAGAUCAAUUGCUCACAAUGUGAUGAUUCUCCAAGACAUCUUGAAGAACUAUAGGAGGAAAAACACCUCUCCUCGCUGUACAAUCAAGAUUGAUAUCAGUAAGGCAUAUGAUACUGUGGAUUGGAAUUUUGUUGAAGAUCUGCUUAAUGCUUUAAACAUCCCUGGUAGAUUUGUUCAGCUGGUGAUGAUUUGUAUCAAGAGCACAUCUUACUCUCUUCUACUGAAUGGCAGAAUUCAAGGUGGUUUUCAAGGUGCUAAGGGUCUUCGUCAAGGUGAUCCCUUAUCUCCUUUGAUAUUUGUUCUGAUAAUGGAUUAUCUAAUGAGAUGUUUUCUUCAAGCUGCCCAAGACUCUAAGUUCAGAUAUCAUCCUCUUUGCAAAAGUUUGAAGUUAAUAAACUUAUGCUUUGUGGAUGACUUGAUUCUUCUCAGUAAAGGAUCCAAACAGUCCAUAAAAGUUCUUAAAGAAGUUUUGGAUGGUUUCAGCAAUACAACUGGGCUUCAUAUCAAUGUUAGCAAGUCUCAAAUAUUUUUUGGAGGGGUUGAUCCUAGGGAGAAGAGGGAGAUCAUUAGGGAUAUUGGUUUGGCUGAAGGUUUCUUCCCUUUAAAAUAUUUAGGGGUGCCUUUAAGACCAACUAAAUGGAAAGCUGAAGAUUGUGGGAUUAUCAUUAAAAAAAUCAGAUUGAGACUUCAUACUUGGGGAAGUCGGCACUUGUCUUUUGCUAGCAGAGUUCAAUUAAUUCAUUCAAUAUUACUUGGUCUUCGAAAUUAUUGGAUGAGCACUUUCAUCCUUCCUCAAAGUGUUUCUAAAGAGGUAGAGAAACUUUGUAGAGGUUUCCUUUGGGGAAUGAGUGGGAACAAAAGCAGAAUCCAUGUGGCCUCUUGGGAGAAAGUUUGCCUUCCCAAACCUUAUGGUGGUCUCGGGUUUAAAGAAGGGACCAAAUGGAAUCAAGCUAUUCUAGCUAAAUACAUUUGGGCUAUCAAUGAGAAGAGAGAUUUAUUGUGGGUUAAGUGGGUGAAUAAUGUUUAUCUCAAGGGGGUAUCCAUUUGGUCUUAUGAGUUAAAAGUGGACACAAGCUGGUAUUGGCGCAAACUUUGUAGAUUGAGACAUAAGUUUUCCAUUUCUGAGAUAUUGAAGGCAGGUAGCUCGGGUAAGUUCUGUUCUGCUGUUUUAUAUAACAGUACACUUCCGCCUAUUCAAGUUAGCUACCACAGGGCCAUUUGGAGUAGUCUCAACUUUCCUAAGCAUCGUUUUAUACUUUGGCAAGUAGUGAAUUCUCAAAUGUUAACGAAAGACAACAUGAGUAAAUUUCACAUUGUCUUAGAUUCUAUUCUUUGCCCUGUUUGUGGAGACCAGCCUGAAUCUCAUCUUCACUUAUUCUUUGACUGUUGCCUAUCUCAAAGAGUUGUGGAGCUAGUGUUUAAGUGGCUGGGUUUCAGGGGUUGGCCUUUGGAAUUUGAUGGCUGGUUAAACUGGAUUUCUCUAAAAGCAUCUGGCAUUGUGAGGCGUAUAAGCAUAGCAGUAAUUGCAGCAACUUGCUACUGUAUUUGGUUGAAUAGGAAUAGAUGUGUAUUUGAAGGCUAUUCCAAAUCUGAUUCUUUGAUUGCUUUAGAUGUAAAGAGUAUAGUGACUUACAGAUUGUUCAUUGUUAAAACUAGAAAAAUGUCAAGACAAGAGAGAGACUUUAUACAUAGAUUAAAAUUCAACCCAAAAGACUUUAAUUACAUAACGUAUGAGUACGACCCCUAUGUGAAUGAUGAUCCAAUUGGUAUUUACUUUGAAGAUAAUGACGAUGGUUUCGAGAACGAUUCAGAGGUGUAUUACAGUGUAGAUGUGUCAAAUGAGGGGCUAGACAUUUCAAGGGGAUCCAGAUCUUGUCGUCCUGUGAUAUGUGUGGAUGGUACAUUCUUGAAGACCAAGUACGAUGGCCACAUGCUAUGUGUUGUUGCGUUGGAUGCAAAUAGUCACUUGUAUCCAAUUGUGUUCGGGUUGUUCGGGUUGGUGGACAAUGAGAACCACAACUUUUGGAAAAAUUUCAUGACGAAGUUAAAAGAAACCAUUGGGGACAUUGAUGAUCUGGCUUUCAUAUCAGACAAGCAUGCUAGCAUUAAUCAUGCUCCUGGGUUGUCUUUCCUCAUGUCUACCACGGUGAAUGCCACCAUUACAUCAAUAUGA